AUGUUCCGGCUUUACUUCGCUUGCUUUUUGUCGCUUGUCGCGGCCAAUUUGAAUUACAACCCGCCUCGAUACAGCUUGUACAUGAAACGAUCUAACGAUGGGUUUGUCUGGGACAAGCUGCACGAAAAACGAGCUCCAGGCUUCCAUUCGUCGAAUUUUCCUUUCUACCUUCAGCAUCUUUACCAACAAACCCCUUCAGACUAA